UGCCUCCUGUCUUCAUCCUGACAAUGUCUCUGGGGAAUUUUCCAAGGGAUUUGAGGAGGGGUAUGUUUCAGCCCUCUAGGCCCUAUAAAAAAAGAGAGAAGCACUGUAGAUCUGUCUGGAGGAAUGUCAGAAACACCAGAGCACAGCUAGGUCAGAGCUAUGGGGGUCCCACACCACUUCUUGCCCUGCUGGGUCUAUGCCAUCAUGAUGCUGUGUGGUGUUUCUGAUGUGCUUCUCAGCGUCGCAUCAGGGGAACAUCCGGAUUCGACAUUUUCCGGUCCUCUCGGAACAGAGUUCAUCACGACUUUCAUACAAAAUGGCUUGGGCCACCCUGGCAAUCCCAUGUUGUUCAUCACUGCCUACACUCAUCCCACCGCUGUUACUGUCUCCGUCAAUCAGGUGGUUUAUAAGGUCGUCACCAUCCCUUCUGGGCAGACAAUAAUGGUGACCCUCUCCCCACAGACAGAGCUGAAAGGCAUCAGGAAGUUCGACAAUACAGUCACCAUCCGGGCGGAGAAGAAGGUCUCUGUUCUCUCUUUCAACUCAAAAGAGCACUCUGCUGAUACUUCCAUUGUGUACCCCGUGCGGAGCUUAGGGAAGGAGUAUUAUGUCAUGACCCCCCUCCUAGGCCCAAGGACCACUACUGAGUUUGCCAUUGUUGCCUGGCAGGAACCGACCACAGUUGACAUCUCCCUCGAAGGGCAUGUCACAUAUGAGAGAGAAAAAUAUCUGCCAGGGAGAAAACUGACCCUGCAGCUUAAUGCCUAUCAGGCAGUCCAGCUGCAAAGUUAUGAGGACCUGUCCAAGACCAGAAUCACCUCCGGAAAACCCGUGGCCGUCUAUUCAGGGGCAUACGUGUGUGGUGGGAAACGUAUCCAAUGUGAACAUGUCAGUGAACAGCUGCUGCCGGUGUCCAGCUGGGAAUUAUCUUUCAUCGUCCCGCCAUUGCCUUUCAAGACGGAAGGUGAUUCGGUGUACCUCCUCGCAUCUCAGGGCACAGAGGUCCAUUUACUAAAUGGGGAAACUGAAAGCAGCCGGUUCAUCGAAGGCAAGGAAAUGGCCAAAUACCUGGUCUCGCAGCCACUGGUUAUAUCUGCCAACUCCGCAGUCCAAGUCCUCUUCUUCUCUUCUGGAGGGAAGAAAGGGAGUAUGAUAUUUGAACCAUUCUUCAUGACUAUCCCUGGCCUCUCCAGCUACUGCCAGUCCUACAACAUCUAUGGGCACAACCAGUUUGAGAACUAUGCGCUGAUCAUCGCCAGGACGUCGGCAACCACCGGGAUCACCUUUGAUAAGAAACCACUGGACAGUGUCACCUGGAACGCUAUUACAGACACAGAAUACUCUUGGGCUGAAUAUAGCAUGGGGAAGGGAUUUAGCACCCAUUCUAUGGAGCACCCUACUGCCCCAUUCGGGCUUCUGAGCAUUGGGAUUGGAGAUCACAAAGCGUACGGGUCCCCAGCUACUUGCACAGGGGAUAUUCACCCCCCUUCCUGCGACUCCAAGGUCUGUGAGAAGGGCACAGCCUGUGUGAUGAGAGAUGGGGAGCCACAAUGCACGCCACUGACCAACGGGGUGUGUUGGGUCAUGGGAAACAUGCAUUACAAAACGUUUGAUGGCCAGAAUUACAACUUCCAAGGCACGUGCAUCUACACCUUGGCCAAGACUUGUGGAGAUGACAGCAGCCUCCCUUCCUUCCACAUUGAAACCAAGAAUGAGAAGAGCAUGACUUCACAAGUGGCUAUCCACGUCCAUGGCGUCAUCGUCACUGUGGGCAGGUUUGAAGAUGGCUUUGUGAAGGUGAACGGGGAGUCUUACAACCUUCCUGUGAUCAUGGCUGGAGGUCAGCUCAGGGUAUAUCAGCAUGGCAGGAACAUCAUGAUACAAACCAGCUUUGGCCUCACCGUGAGCUAUGACCUGGCUUACCAUGUGAGAGUCACUGUCCCCUGGAAGUACCAGGGCCAGGUGUGUGGCCUGUGCGGGAACUACAACAAGGAUGAAAAAGAUGAGUUCUCUCUCCCAGGGGGCUCCCUCGCCCCUGACACAGCGGCAUUUGGCUCCGCCUGGAAAGUCCCAGGAGUGUCCUGUACAGAUGGAUGCGGUGGGAACAGCUGCCCUGUCUGUGAAGGAGGAAAAGUUGAAAAACUUCAACAGGAAAACUACUGUGGUAUCCUUUCAGCAGAGUACGGUCCCUUUGCUGACUGCCACAACAGUGUGGACCCCAGCCCAUAUUUCAGCAGCUGUGUCUACGAUCUAUGCCUGGGCAGAGAAGACAGCCAGAUCCUGUGCUGGAGCAUUCAGAGCUACGUGAUGGCCUGCCAAGAUGCGGGUGUCAACAUCCAGUUGUGGCGAAGUGACUCCUUCUGCCCGCUGAGCUGCCCAGCCAACAGCCACUACCAUGCCUGUCCAGACCUCUGGACCCACACUUGCUAUGAGCUCAAAACCAGCCUGGACAGCCCCAAGACCUGUGCUGAAGGCUGCCAGUGUGACAACGGCUUCGUCUUCAAUGGCCAGGACUGUGUGGUGAAGGAGAGCUGCGGGUGCUUUAAGGAUGGGAGAUAUUACCAGCCCAACGAAAACGUCCUGGUGAACAAGUGUCAACAAAGCUGCACGUGUCGCUCUGAUCAUGAGGUCAUCUGUAAGGCCCACCGCUGUGCCAGUGAUGAGAACUGCGAGGUUAGAGAUGGCAUCAUGAGCUGCAUCAAUAAAGAUCCCUGCAAAGUCCAGAAAUGCCGGGCCCAGGAGAAAUGCAACGUUGAGAAUGGCCGAGCGAAGUGUGUCCCAAAGUAUUCUGCAUCCUGCACGGGCUGUACAGGCCUCCACUACCGCACCUUCGAUGAGCUGCGGGUGACCUACCAAGACACCUGCACCUAUACUAUAGCCUCCUACUGCGGUGAUGACCCCACCCUGUUGCCUUUCACCAUCAAUGAGAAGAACAAUUGCAUCAGAAAUGCAUCUGCCUCUGAACAAUGGGCGACGAACAUCAGAGUCUAUGGGUACAAGAUCACCAUCUACAGGACAGAAGUAGAUCUUAUCAGGUUGAAUGGCGUGACCGCUGCUCUCCCGCUGACUCUGAAAGAUGGUAAAAUCGAAAUUGUCCAGAUCAACCACCGCCCUGUCCUACGGACAGAUUUUGGCCUCCGUGUGACCUAUGAUACGGCCUGGAUAAUCACAGUGACUGUCCCCAGCAGUUAUUAUGGAGCCACUUGUGGUCUGUGUGGAAACUUCAAUGGUGUUUCCAAGGAUGACACAACAUUUCCUCUUGGGCCAAUAUCUGAAGUGGACUUCUCCAAUUCCUGGAAAGCUGAGGACACAGACAUAGCCUGCUGGGAUUAUUGCCAAGGGAGAUGUCGCGAGUGUGAGCUCGGAGAGAGACAGCUCUACGGUGAUGACUAUCGCUGCGGAAUAAUCACCAAAGCUCUAGAGGGGCCCUUCAGAGACUGUCAUGCCCGAGUGAAUCCUGACGAUUUCUUCCACAGCUGCAUCCAUGCCAUGUGUCUGAACUGGGGGAACCAGAGCCACCUGUGCCAGGAGCUGGAAGCUUACGCCAUUGCUUGCAGGAAGCAUGGGGUCACUGUCGAUGAUUGGAGGACUCCAUCCAGUUGUGAUUUACCAUGCCCUGACAACAGCCAUUAUGAGGUCUGUGGAUCUGCCUGUCCAGCCACCUGCUCUGACCGAACAAGUCCUUCCUCCUGUAAGAAGCCCUGUGUGGAAACCUGCCAGUGUAACGAUGGCUACAUCCUCCAUGCUGGCGAGUGCAUCCCUGUGGAGAGCUGUGGCUGUUACUAUCAUGACCACUACUAUAAACCCAAUGAGACAUUCUGGUCUGAUGACAAGUGUCACACACAAUGUAGGUGUGAACGCAGCCAGGACAUGCAUACUGUGGUUUGUAAGAAGUCCCGGUGCAAAGUUGGGCAAAAAUGCGUCGUAGUGGAUGGUGUCCGGGGUUGCCACGCACUCAAGUACUCCAUCUGCAUAGGAACUGGAGACCCGCACUAUACCACCUUUGAUGGGAAGAAGUUUGAUUUUAUGGGUAGCUGUAUCUACCAGCUAGCGGGGACCUGCUCUCCAAACCCCAAGCUUGUCCCAUUCACUGUCAAGGUGGAGAACAACAACCGUGGCAACAACCUGGUGUCUUUCACCAAGGUGGUGACCUUGGAGGUCUAUAAUCUGACCAUCAGCCUGAGCCAGGAAUAUCCACAGAAGAUCCAGGUGGACGGGGUCUUUGUAGACCUGCCAUUCUACCAUAAGGACAAACUGAAGGCCUACAUCAGUGGAGUCCAUGGUUUCAUCCACACAGAUUUUGACCUGAAAGUGAGCUUUGACUGGUACAGUUAUGCCAGGGUCAUUGUUUCCAGUAUGUAUGCCAAUGCCAUGUGUGGGCUCUGUGGUAACAACAAUGAAGACACCGCUGAUGAUAUGACCAUGAAGAAUGGAACUCUGACAUCUGAUGAGAUUCAAUUUGCUGACAGCUGGAAGGUCGGGGAGGUCCCUGGGUGCCACGCAGGAUGCGUCAAGGACUGCCCUAAAUGUACUGAAGAGAUGAAGAAAACGUACAGGGGUGACAAGUACUGCGGGGUCAUCAUCAAAAAGAAUGGGCCGUUCCAUUUCUGCCACAAAGUCAUUGACCCAGCCUCCUACUUUGAUGACUGUGUCUUUGACACAUGCCAGUACAAAGCUCACCACGAUACACUGUGUAGCGCCAUCAGCACUUACGUGACAGCCUGCCAGGCUCAGGGCAUCCGGAUAGGGAAAUGGAGAUCAGCUGCAUUCUGCAGUCUCAACUGCCCCCCAAACUCGCAUUAUGACUACUGCGGGACCGGCUGCCCUUCCACUUGCCAUAGUAGGUUGGAUCCAGAUGAGUGCGAAGCUCCCUGUGGAGAAGGAUGCUUCUGUGAUGAAGGCUUUGUCCUGAGUGGAGAGAAGUGUGUCCCAUAUACAGACUGCGGCUGUAUGUAUGAGGGCAAAUAUUACAAGAAAGGGGAGGAAUUCUACACCAGUACCUCUUGUCAUAAGCAGUGUCAGUGCAAUGAAGACGGGGAGCUGGAGUGCAAAGAUGUCUCUUGUGAUGCCAAUGAAGAAUGUAAGGUGGUAAACGGUGUCCAAGGUUGCCACCCCUUAGGGUACGGGAAGUGCGUGUCAUGCAACCCUCACUACAUGACCUUUGAUGGAAAAGCAUUUGACUUGCAUGGGAAUUGCACGUACACCUUGGCCAAAGUCAAUAGCAUGGACCCCAGGCUGAUGAACUUCUCAGUGGUGGUAGAGAAUGAGAGCAUGGGUAGUGGCCGUGUGGCUCGGAAAAGGACAAUCAAGGUCUUCAUUUACGGCCACACCAUUGUCUUGGAGAGAGAAAUGAGGUGGAAGGCAGUGGUGGAUGGGGAGCUGUACACUCUGCCAGUGACUAUGAACAAUGGGAAGCUUCAGGUCAACCAGGAGGGAAACAACAUCAUUCUUCAAACUUCUGCUGGACUCCAAGUCCUUUAUGACACCUUCUCUUGUGCCUUCGUGACCCUCCCCAGCACCUAUAAAGGAUACAUGCGUGGCUUGUGUGGCAACUUCAACAGCAAUAAAAAUGAUGACUUCCUGCUGCCCAACGGAAAGAGCACCAAAAGCCUGAGCGAAUUUGAGUCCUCUUGGAGGGUGCUUGAUGAUGGUGCCAUGUGCUCUGAGGGCUGUGAUGGACGAUGCCCUGUCUGCGAUGCAGCCAAGAAGAAACCAUACCAGGCUGAGACCUCCUGUGGGUUGAUCGGAGCUCCCUCAGGCCCGUUCCAUGCCUGUCAUUCACACGUUAACCCUGCUGAGUUCGUCAACUACUGCCUUUAUGACAUGUGUGCCUCCAAUGGGGCGAGAGAGACUCUCUGCCAGAGUCUCCAGGCAUAUGUAACUGCGUGCCAAGAAGCAGGUGCUGAGAUCGGAGCGUGGAGGAAGCCCUCCCUUUGCCCCCUCACCUGUCCAGCCAACAGCCACUAUGAGCUGUGUACCAAGAACUGUGAUCUCACCUGUGCCAGCCUGACCACUCCACCCCAAUGCACCAAGAAGUGUUUUGAAGGAUGUCAAUGUAACGAUGGCUACAUGUCUGAUGGGGAGGCGUGUGUGUCCAUGGAAAACUGUGGUUGCCUGAGGGAUGGACGCUACCUCCAGCCAGGGGAGACGUUCCUCUCCAGCGACUGCUCACAGAGGUGCACCUGCCUUGAGCUGGGCAAGCUCGACUGUAAGGAAGCCAAAUGCCUGGUUGUGGAGAAAUGCCUGGUCAGGGACGGAGAGCGCCGCUGCGUGAAGGAAGAAGGCCAAUGCAUGCUUGCCUCGGGAGCACAGCUCACUACUUUUGACCGUGCUUCAGUGAAAGUCCCGUCCAACCGGAUCUACAGCCUGGCUUCCCUGUGCAACAGCAGUGCUCCGUCCUGGUUUAGGGUGGUAGUAGAAGUCAAAGAGUCCAGUAAGACACAUGUUGAAACCGUCACGGCCAUCUACAUUUCCAUCGACAAUACUGUGGUUUCUGUGAAUAAAGAGAAAGAGACACGGUUGAAUGGGGUACCCACCGCGCUCCCAGUGACCCUGAAAGGCAGCAAAAUCCACCUCUCCCAGAGCAACGGUCGCUUUGCCCUACAGACAGAUUUUGGCUUCAAGGUGAUCUAUGACAAAGACUGGACCAUCAUGGUGACUGUCCCCUUUAGCACUCAUGGAACCAGCUGUGGGCUGUGUGGGAACUUCAAUGGCAUUUCUGAGGAUGAUCCCACAUUCCCCUUGGGCGUUUUCUCUGAAGAGGACAUUUCCGACCGCUGGGCAAUUCAUGACGGCUCCCCACCCUUCUGGGAUAGCUGCCAUGAGCAAUGUUUGCCAUGUGACCUUGGAAAGAAGCGUCUCUACGGUGACAAGAAGCACUGUGGGCUUAUUAAGAAAACAGCAAAGGGGCCCUUCCAAGAAUGUCACGCCACAGUCAAUCCCAACGACUUCUUUCACACCUGCAUCCAAAGCAUGUGCCUGGAUGGGGCGACCCACAGGGGCCUGUGCCGUGAGCUGGAAGCCUAUGCCAAUGCCUGCCUGGAGCAAGGAGUCCCCCUCCGCAGCUGGAGGAUGCUGUCCGGCUGUGUUCUGUCCUGCCCUGAGAACAGCCACUACGAGAUCUGUGGAAAUGCCUGCCCAGCUACUUGUUUUGACCAAACAGCUCCUUCUUCCUGUGAGAAGCCCUGCACUGAGAUCUGCCAGUGUAACACUGGUUAUGUCCUCAGUGCUGGCCAAUGCAUCUCCGAGGAAGCCUGCAGCUGUAUGCACAAUGACCGCUCCUACAAGCUUGACGAGGAGUUCUGGGGAGAUGAGAUGUGCCGCUCUUGGUGCAAAUGUGAACGCAGAGGGGAAAGGCUUGAGGUAGUUUGCAGAAAAUCCAGCUGCAAAGACGGAAAGAAAUGUGUAGUGAUGGAUGGGGUCCGGGGCUGUCAUGAGGUCAACUACACUACUUGCAUAGCAACCGGAGACGUGCACUACACCACCUUUGAUGGGAAGAAAUAUGAUUUCGUGGGCACCUGUGUCUACCAGCUGGCUGGGGUCUGCACUCCGGACCCCAGGCUUGUCCCAUUCACCGUCCAAGUGGAGAACAGCAAUCGUGGCAGCACAGCUGUGUCUUUCACCAAAGUGGUGACCUUGGACAUCUACAACAUGACCAUCAGUCUGAGCCAGGAGCACCCGCAGAAGAUUCAGGUGGAUGGCAUCUUUGUAAACCUGCCCUUCCAGUAUAAAGACAAGCUGAAGGCCUACAUCAGCGGAGUCCAUGGCUUCAUCCAGACUGAUUUCAGUCUGAGAGUGAGCUUUGACUGGUACAGUCACACCAGGGUCCUCGUUCCCAAUACCUAUGCUGAUGCCAUGUGUGGGCUCUGCGGGAACAACAAUGAAGAUGCCACAGAUGAUAUGAUGAUGAAGAAUGGAAUUCAGACAUCUGAUGAGCUUCAGUUUGCAAACAGCUGGAAAGUCAGGGAAGUCCCUGGGUGUAGGAAGGAAUGCCUUGGUGACUGCCCUGUAUGUGGGGAGUUGCAGAUGCAAGUCUACAAAGGCGACAAAUACUGUGGGAUCAUCACACGUAAGAACGGGCCAUUUUCUCUCUGCCACAGAGUCAUUGACCCGGCUCCCUACUUUGACAACUGCAUUUUUGACACGUGCCACUACAGUGGUCAUCACAACAUGAUGUGCCAUGCUAUCAGCAGCUACGUGACCAGCUGUCAGGCUCAGAGCAUCUGGAUAGGGCAGUGGAGAUCAGCCUCAUUCUGCAGUUUCAACUGCCCCUCAAACACACACUAUGAGUUCUGUGGGACUGGCUGCCCUAACUCUUGCCAUAAUGUGCUGGAUCCAGAUGAGUGUGAACUUCCUUGUAGAGAAGGCUGCUUCUGCAAUGACGGGUUCAUCUUGAGUGGUGACAAGUGCAUCCCAAGUACAGACUGUGGCUGCAUGCACCAAGGCAGGUACUACAAGAAAGGGGAGGAGUUCUACACCAGCACUUCCUGUGAGGAACGGUGCCAGUGCAGCGACAGUGGGGUCAUCAAGUGCCAAGACAUCUCCUGUAGUGCCAAUGAGGAGUGCAAGGUGAUACAUGGUGUCCAAGGCUGCUAUGCCUCUGAGUCUGGAAAGUGCAUAGCAUGGAGUGAUUCCUACUAUGUUACUUUUGAUGGAAACACCUUCAAUUUACAUAGUAAUUGCACUUACACCUUGGCUGAAGUCAACAGCAUCGAUGCCAAGCUGCAAAUCUUCCUGGUGGUCAUAGAAAACGAGAGGGCCGGUAAAGACUGGGUGUCCGUGACAAAGACAAUCAAGGUCUCUGUUGAUGGCCAUACCAUCGUCAUGAAGAGAGGAACAAGGUGGAAGGUUGCGGUGGAUGGGGAGCUGUACAGUCUACCAGUGGCUAUAAACAAAGGGAAGCUUCAGAUCAACCAGGAGGGGAAAAACAUCGUUCUCCAAUCUGCUGCUGGAUUUCAAGUCCUUUAUGACACCUCGUCUUAUGUGCUGGUGACUGUCCCCAGCACCUACAAGGGACAAACACGUGGCUUGUGCGGUAACUACAAUGGCAAUAAAAAUGAUGACCUCUUGUUGCCCAGUGAGAAGAUUGCCAAAAGCAUGAGUGAGUUUGAGUCUUCUUGGAGGGUGCUCGAUGAUGGUGCCACAUGCUCCGAGGGAUGUGAUGGACGAUGCCCUGUCUGUGAUGCAGCCAAGAAGAAACCAUACCAGGCUGAGACCUCCUGUGGGUUGAUCACAGCUCGCUCAGGCCCGUUCCAAGAUUGUCACUCACUGGUGAGCCCUGAUGACUACUUCCACCACUGCCUCCAUGUCAUGUGUGCUGCCAAUGGGGCGAGAGAGACCCUCUGUCAGAGCCUUCAGGCCUACGCAGCCACAUGCCAGGCAGAGGGAGCUACGAUCAGAGAAUGGAGAAAGGAUUCGUUCUGCCCCUUAUCUUGCCCAGCUAACAGCCACUAUGAGCUGUGCACCAAGACGUGUGAUCUCACUUGUGCCAGUCUGACAACUCCUACCAAGUGCAUCCGGAGGUGUUUCGAAGGCUGCCAGUGCAACACUGGCUACAUGUUUGAUGGAGAGGCGUGCGUAUCCAUGGGCAAAUGCGGCUGCAUGAGGGAUGGACACUACAUUGAGCCAGGUCAGACCUUCUUCUCCAAUGACUGCUCAGAGAAGUGCACCUGCCAUGAGAUGGGCAAACUGGAGUGCAGGGAAGCCAAGUGCCUGAUAGGGGAGAAAUGCCAGGUCAAGGAUGGGGCACGCAUCUGCGUGAAGCAGGAAGCUCGGUGCACGCUGGCCUCGGGAACGUGGCUCACCUCUUUUGAUGGUGUCUCAGGGAACGUUCUCCCCAACAAGUUUUACAACCUGGCUUCCCUCUGCAAUGACAGUUCCCCCUCCUGGUUUAGAGUGGUUGUGAAUGUCAGGAAGUGCAACGAGAAGGUCGCAGCAGCUGAUGUCGCCCUCUACGUUUUCUUUGACAAUGCUAUGAUUUCCAUCAGCAACAAAAAAGAAGCAUGGGUGAACGGGCGCUUGGUGAAGCUUCCACAUGUUUCCAAAUACUUUUCCAUAAGUCUGUCCCAGGAUGCUGUCGUUAUCAGCAAUAAAUCCAGCCUGGAUGUUCUCUUCCACCCUGGCAAAGAAGUGACUGUGAAAGUCAGCAGCAUUCUGGCUAACCAGCUGUGCGCUCCUUGUGGGAACUACAAUGGGAACAGUGCGGAUGACCUGAGACUCCCCAGUGGAGCAGUUGCAAAGAGUCUUUCAGGAGUUCUUGAAGCUUGGGAGGCAACUGACCUCUAGAAGGGUGUAGCUUCUAUGACUGCUGUCAUGCAGCUGUCUCACACAUCUGUCUGCCUUUUCCCGAUUCCAUCACAGCCCAGGCCAAAAAAGUAUCUUUUCACAACAAAACAUGCCAUUUCAGAGGUAUCCCAGCUGUUUUUCUCAUUUUCUAAUGUUCCGUCUCUUUCCAAUAUUGUCCACAGCAAACGUUCAAGAAUAACAAGUCCGGCUUCCAAAAAACUCACAUAAAUGACUUGGAAAGGAUAAGAUUUAAAAAAGAAAAAACAUGAUAUACAUAAUAUAUACUUUAUACCAAGCGUAUAUUACACUAUAUACAAAUAUAUAUGUAUUAUAUAUAUAUAUUUACCAUCUGGUUUCAGAGUCUUUGAGGUUUAUGUUUUCCAGCAUCUUCAACAGUGAUGGGGAACAGAAACUUAUUUGUAAUCAGUGCUAAAGUUCUCCCAUGCCCCAUGCUGUUAGGACAUCUGGAUUUAUGAAAAAGCACCAAAUAGCAGAAAACUCAUGACUGUAUCAUCAAAGCUGGGGACACUUGUCUCUUAUCUGUAUGCAACUUGGGUACUCUUCUGAUUGGAGGAAGUGAACUGGAGGAAGUGAGCCUAUCUGUACUACUAUUUGAGCUGUGUUAUCAACUGUCAGUGGUAGGAGCAUUUACUGUAUGCUAAGUAUGGUAUGAAUGAAACAUUCAGAAUUUCAUAGAGUCAUAGAGAAUGAGGGAUGGAAGGGAUCUCAGGAGGUCGCAUCUAGUCCAGUCCUCUGCUCCAAGCAGGACCAGCCCCAACUACAUCAUCCCAGGCAAAGCGUUUUCUA